UAGUCAACAAGGAAUAUUACUGGAGUUUUUUCCCCAACACCAAAUCGUUAUUUUUACACCUCGACACUGUUUCGAUCACCAAGUCAACAAGGAUUUAGGAAAUUUUGAAUGGAUUUUUUUUUAAAUUCUAGACACGUUUCGCUAACACCGCAGCUUCAUCAGUAGUAAUAAAUAGUAUAGUACACAUUGGUCUACAAUUCUUAUAUACAACAAUUUUUUAUCAGAAUAAAGGACGAGAAAAUGGAUGACGAAGCGGAUUUGAACAAAAUGCUAGAAGUCCUCAAGCAUAGUAAAGAGGAAAACGAAGACGAUGACGAAUUUCAGUACGGAGGUUUCAUAAAUUAUGAUGAUAGUGAUUUGGAAGAGUGUUUCGACGACGAAAACGCAGACCUAAUAGAACCUUACGAAUCCCAGGACUGUCUCAACUCUCUAGAUCUAAGCUCAUUGUACAAAUACAAUCCGAUAUCCUCGCUCAAACCCGAAGAGAAGCGAAUAAUCGAUUCGUGCUCCGACCCAGAUCUGAAAAAGAUCCUCCUGCUGAAUCGACAGAAGAACAUGCACCUCAUCCAGCUGUACAAAAAAAUCAAAGACCUGCUCAUAGAGUGUAAACAAAACAUAGUGGAAAAGAAUGAAAUCUUCAAGCAGUGCAAGGAUGCGACUAGAGGAACGCACUUCACAGCUGGUGCGUGGCGUUUGGGGGCCCCUUACUUCAAAGACAGACAACUGUACUGUUGUCCCUCUAACAAAGAUACUCUUAGGAAGCGGGCAAAUAACGAAUUGACCAUCUAUGACGUGAUGCCUAGCCCCAAAUGGACCAGGUCUGAGUGCGAGUUACUGGUAGACGCUGUCAAAUUGAACUAUAACAUCAAUCAGCAAAGUGAAGUGAAUCGGAAGAUCAUAAAAGUCACUUCGAGCGGAGGAUCAAAAGAGGAACUCGAAGAGCUGAAUGCGAGGCUUCAGGAAUUGAGCGAAAAUGGCAAUAGCGAGAUUCCCCCUCUGAAUUCGGAUGAAAAUAUUGAUUGGGAAAAAGUGUCAGAGGUUUUCAUUGGAGAAAAACACUCGGAUUUCGAAUGCCGCUCCGUCUGGCACGUCCACCUGCACCCGUCGUUCAACAACGGCCCCUGGACCGACGCAGAGAAUGUCAAGCUUCGAAAACUCGUCGAGAAGUAUAAGUGCCAGCGAUGGGACGAGAUAGCCAAAGAACUCGGUACGAAUCGCUCGAGUUUCAUUGUUUGUUCCCACUAUUUCAGCAGGUUGUACUCGAAAUUUAAAAAGGGGGACUUCACGUUCGAGGAGGACAGGAAACUGCUCGAAGUGAUCAACAAGUGUCGCAUUGGUUCGUACAUACCGUGGGUCAAAGUCGUGAAACAUUUCAAGUUCAGGACGAGGUCGCAGCUCCAUCAUAGGUAUACGUAUUACCUCAGCCAGAACGAUAAAAAGUCGGGCAAAUUCUCCGAAGCGGAAGACAUACUGAUAAUGAUAUGCGUCGACAAAUUCGGCACCAACUACAAAAAGUGCACCGACUACAUAUCGAACCGCUCCCCCAGCCAAAUCAAGGCGAGGUACAAUUCCAACGUGAAGAACUUCGUCAAAAAAGGCACUUGGAGCACGGAUGAAGACCGGAUGAUCUUGGAUCACGUGGCAGAGCACGGUUCGUCGAGCUGGACAGAGCUCGCCAAGAAAAUACCGAGGUCUAGAGGCCAGCUGAGGCAGCGCUACAGCGUAAUCAAAACGUUUCUCGAGCAGCAUCCCGAGGCUGGCAUCGAGGACGUGAAGAGGCGGAAGCAUAAUUGGAGCGCCGAGCAUCAGGACUUCAUGAUUCUGAGGCAAAUCGCUGAUCAAUUCAAAGACAGCUCUUUCAUACCAACAAUAAAAGACCUCGAGAAGCACUUGAAGUCCAUGAGACGCAACGGCUACACGAAACCACUCGACAGCCCACCUAACAGCGAUUUUUCAGACGAGUUCGAGCAAGAAGAAGAAGAAGACAUCAAGGACGUCGACGUCAUGCUGACGAAUUUCUUCAGCAACUCGUUCAAGCCGGGCGUCGACAAUAAGUUCUUCCCCACAGCUGUGAAAAAUGCCGUCGAAGACAUUGAAGUGUUGCUGGACACUCUGAACGUCAAGCUGGACAUUCCUGAAAAGUUGCCGCAGUCCAGCCGCUUGGACUGCUUCGAUCUGGAGAUCCUAACGGCGCUCAGACUCAGGCGGAGUGGAAGUAGGGGUGGACACCUGACGGGUCUAGUCCCUCCCAAUCUGUUUUCGACCAUCGGGUUGCGCAGCCUGCUCAUAAAGAACCUCCACUUCAGGAACUCGCCGAAAGAGAUCUUCGUCAAGUUGGAUCCCUUCACUCGCUCAUCCGUCAGCCGGUCCAAGUUCAAGAUGGUCCAGAAUCUGGCCGAGAUGACGCCGGAGCAACAGGCGCUGGUCAAGGUGGACAGGUCUUUGUUCUACCAGAGGUUCUACUCGCUGUUCAAGUGGCCCUCUCUGUUGACGCUCGAAGGUCCUUCACCUGAACUAAGGGAUAUCACGGAAAAUAUAGAGGAAUUAACCGUUCCUCCGCUCAAACGAACCUACAGCAGGGCGAAUCGGACGGAAACGAACGACGUGAAGAGGCCGAGAUUGGUCGAGCUCAUGCCUCCUCCUGAAGCGCCUCAGAAAACGACACCCGCCAAGGCUAAGCCGUCCCUGAAACUCAAGCCGGUGACUGACAAGAGCGUCAUCGCGAAUCUUUUGCAGGACAGCAGCAAAAAGUUGUUCUACUUCGAUAAGGUUCGGUCUGGCAAGGGAACGAAGACUGUGAUAAAAGAGCUGAAACUCAACAUAAUAGUGCCAAAGAACCAAUCUCAGCAACCUAAAAACAAUAUAAAAACGCUGCCUCAAACAACUUCUACUUCGACAAUAACAUCAAGCAAUAGCAACACAACAGAAGACAUUCCAUUUGCAACCAAAUCUAGUCAGAGACAGGACUCAACUUCCACUUCAACAAUAACCUCCAGUGAAUUUUGUGAUGACACAAAAGAAGAAAACCCAGUCGUAAGUGAAUCUAGUCAGAGGCAGAGUUUCGAAAACGGUUCUAAUUCUUUGCCGACUGCUCCCGUUUUCACUGACGAUAAACAGUUUGAGACUGAAAGAGGUGACGAAAACAGCAUUGAUAUGUUGUCGGAGUGCGGUUCAAAUAUGUCAUUUCCCAGCAGUACGGACGAUGUUGCUGAUUUGGCCAAACUGGAGUCGGUUCUGUCAGGAUACUCGCAGUCGAAGUCAGAAGAUGGGGAUUUCGACGAUUUAUAUGACUUGGACAAGUUGAACAUAUUUUUGAAGAGAGAACAAGACGAGAAUGAGGGCAGUGAUUCUGAUAGUGAAAUGUCUUUCACUCUGUGAUAAAUGUUGUGAUUUGAUAUCAGUAUUGUUUUUAAGCAUUUUUAUCCAAUAGAAUUUUUUUCAUUUAUUUAUUUUUGCUGUACAGACGGAUUUUACAGCUUGAGACGAUCAUUCAGGGGAAGAAUUUGGAAUCGUGGCUGACGGCUCCCGAAACUGUGGCCAAGUCAUCUUCUUGAUUAUUGGCCUUAAUUAUAGGGACAUCCGGCCAAGAAAGUUAGUUUUUUUUAUUGCUACCAAACUCAAUUCAUUUUAUUUUUCAUAGUUGUUAAGAACACAAAGUUUUGUUAUAAUAAAAUGUGAAAAUUA